AUGGAUCCGGCCUUGCUUGACGACGUCAUACGCCGGCUUCUGGAGGUGAAGAAUCUCAAGCCCGGGAAGAACGCGCAGCUGUCGGAGUCGGAGAUUAAGCAGCUCUGCGCUGCCGCCAAGGAGAUCUUCCUUUCGCAGCCCAACCUGCUGGAGCUCGAGGCCCCCAUCAAAAUCUGCGGUGAUGUCCAUGGGCAGUACUCUGAUCUCCUGAGGCUAUUUGAUUAUGGUGGCUAUCCGCCUCAGGCCAACUACCUUUUCUUGGGUGAUUAUGUGGAUCGCGGAAAGCAAAGCCUGGAAACAAUAUGUCUUCUUUUGGCCUACAAGGUCAAGUACCCGGAGAACUUCUUUCUUCUAAGGGGCAACCAUGAAUGCGCAUCAGUAAAUCGCAUCUAUGGUUUUUAUGAUGAGUGCAAACGCAGAUUCAGUGUAAAGCUCUGGAAAACAUUCACAGACUGUUUUAACUGCUUGCCAGUGUCAGCAUUGAUAGAUGAAAAGAUUCUGUGUAUGCAUGGCGGUCUAUCUCCAGAGUUGAACAAGCUUGAGCAAAUACUCAACCUGAAUCGCCCCACAGACGUACCUGAUACUGGAUUGCUCUGUGAUCUUCUUUGGUCAGAUCCUUCCAAUGAAGCAACAGGCUGGGCCAUGAAUGAUCGAGGUGUUUCAUUCACAUUUGGUCCUGAUAAAGUUAAUGAAUUCCUUGAGAAGCAUGAUUUGGACCUCAUCUGCCGAGCUCAUCAGGUUGUCGAAGAUGGAUAUGAGUUUUUCGCUAACCGCCAACUCGUAACAAUAUUCUCAGCCCCUAACUACUGUGGAGAAUUCGAUAACGCUGGUGCCAUGAUGAGUGUAGAUGAGACAUUGAUGUGCUCCUUCCAAAUACUGAAGCCUGCAAGGAAGAUGCUGAGUGGUUCAACUAAUAACAAAUCUGGCUUCAAGGUUCAUGCUGCAGAAGUGCAUGUCAUUGUCAUUCAGUGCAUAGUUGGUUUUGACAGUGACCUUUCCUACAAUCAACGCAUACUAACAGUUGAACCCGUAUUUCAAGUUGACCUAUCUUGUUCUGUUCCCCACUGA